CUUCUUCUUCCUUUUCUACUCGAGUGAGACAGACAGUAGUGUUUUUUACUCUUGUUCCAGACACACGUAUAAGUAGAAAUCCUUCUUUCUCCAGAAUCAGAAUGAAAAAUAAUAAACAACAACCUUUUCUUACUCCGAAGCAGAUCUCUUAAUAGAGAUAUGGCAUUUGGUCAAGAAAACUUUGGGUGUUCCGUGUAAUCACUUGGAACAAUGCUAUUAAAGAUGGGAUUGGUCUAUGGGCUUCUGCUUUUAAUUUGCCUGGAUUCCUUCGUGACAUCUGAUUAUCAAGGGGAUGCAUUGUAUGCUCUGAGGGCAUCGUUGAAUGCUUCUUCCACUCAGCUCUCAGAUUGGAACCCAAACCAAGUUAACCCAUGCACCUGGUCCAAUAUAAUUUGUGACAAUAGCUACAAUGUCAUUUCUGUAACACUAUCAGCCAUGGGAUUCUCUGGAUUUCUGUCCCCUAGAAUUGGUGGGCUGAAGACCCUUUCCUCGCUCUGACACUCAUCAGAUGAAUUCAUCAUACAGCACAUUACAAGGUAAUAGGAUAACUGGUGAGAUACCGGAAGAGUUCGGUAACCUAUCAAGCCUGGUAAGCUUGGAUUUGGAAAAUAACCAAUUAACUGGUCAAAUUCCGUCUUCUCUUGGCAAUCUUAAAAAGUUACAGUUCUUGAUGUUGAAUCAAAACAAACUUCAAGGAAGUAUUCCAGAAUCCAUUGCGAAUCUCCCAAACUUGAUUGAUCUGAGAGUAGCUUCCAAUAAUCUGAGUGGUCAAAUACCUGAUAAUUUAUUUCAAGUUGCAAAAUAUAAUUUUUCAGGAAAUGACUUAAAUUGUGGCGUAAGUUUUCUGCAUCCUUGUGCUUCUAAUAAUAAUAAUCCAGUUGCCCAUCAAUCAAAGCUUGGGAUUCUAAUCGGAAGUGUGGGAGGUAUAAUUGUAAUUUUACUUCUGGGGGGUCUUUUAUUUUUCAUCUGGAAGGGAAAGCAGAAAGGUUAUAAACGUGAUGUCUUUGUAGACGUUGCAGGUGAAGAUGACCGUCGAAUCGCUUUUGGGCAGCUGAAAAGAUUCUCAUGGCGAGAACUACAACUGGCUACUGAUGAUUUUAGUGAGAAAAAUGUUCUUGGUCAAGGAGGUUUUGGGAAGGUAUAUAAAGGAGUUCUUGGAGAUAAUACAAAAAUUGCUGUAAAGCGAUUGACUGAUUAUGAAAGUCCAGGAGGAGAGCAAGCUUUCCUUCGUGAAGUUGAGAUGAUAAGUGUAGCAGUGCACAAGAACCUAUUAAGACUGAUUGGUUUCUGUACUACCCCAUCAGAAAGGCUUUUGGUGUAUCCUUUUAUGCAAAACCUAAGUGUUGCCUAUCGUCUUAGAGAGAUUAAACCUGGUGAUGAAGUUCUAGAUUGGCCAUCAAGAAAGCGAGUGGCAUUAGGAACCGCUCGUGGAUUAGAAUAUCUUCAUGAACAUUGCAAUCCUAAGAUUAUUCAUCGUGAUGUAAAAGCUGCCAAUGUACUACUUGAUGAGGACUUUGAAGCUGUUGUUGGUGACUUUGGCUUGGCAAAAUUGGUGGAUGUAAGAAAGACUAACGUCACAACUCAAGUUCGUGGGACUAUGGGCCAUAUUGCACCUGAAUAUCUGUCCACUGGGAAGUCAUCUGAAAGGACUGAUGUUUUUGGCUAUGGAAUUAUGCUCUUAGAACUUGUAACUGGACAACGAGCAAUUGACUUUUCUCGUUUAGAGGAAGAAGAUGAUGUUUUGUUACUUGACCAUGUAAAGAAACUCCAAAGAGAGAAACGGUUAAGUGCCAUUGUUGACCGUAACUUGUGUAGAAAUUAUGUCAGUGAAGAAGUUGAAAUGAUGAUUCAAGUAGCAUUGCUUUGUACCCAAGGAUCGCCAGAGGAACGACCUACGAUGUCAGAAGUAGUUCGAAUGCUGGAAGGUGAGGGCUUAGCUGAAAGGUGGGAAGAAUGGCAACAAGUGGAGGUUAAUCGUCAAGAGGAGUACGAUAGAUUUCAAAGAAGAUUUGAUUUGGGAGAAGAUUCAAUAUAUAACCAAGAUGCAAUAGAGCUAUCUGGUGGAAGAUGAGAGGUACUCCAUUUUGACAUUUCGAUUGAUAGUCUAGUCUUCCAUGUGUAAAUCUCUAUUUUGGGCAUGUAAUCCCAGAGGUUUUCAAGUUAAAAAAAAAGCUUGAUCUCAUCCCAGUGAAAGAGGGCUUUGUUAUACGGAACUCUAGGUUUCUGUGCUUCUUUUUUGCACCCCACAAUUGUAAUCAUAAUUUUCUUGUAGUAAAAAUUUACCUAUAAUUUUUGUCAACAACUUUUUUUGUUUUU